GCUAGAGAAAAAUUAAAAAAGGAGGCUCGACUGGUCCCUGCGAAAUUCGGGAUUAAAUUGGGAGAGACCGCUUGAGGGAAAUGGAUUCUGUACCCUCACUGGCCAGCGUUUUGACUUUACUAUUCUCCGUCCUGUGGCAUAUAGGAUCUACAGCUACAAACUAUAACUGUGAUAACCCAUUAUCAGCCCUGCUGCCUCCAACAGCCUUUUCCAGUUCAUCAGAACUAAUUGGCACUCCCAGUCCAGCCCAACUCAACAGAAGAAUUGGAGCUGGUGGUUGGUCCCCAGUGAAUUCUAAUACUCAACAAUGGCUCCAGAUUGAUCUAGGAAAUAGAGUGGAGAUUACUGCAGUGGCUACCCAGGGACGAUAUGGGAGCUCUGACUGGGUAACAAGCUAUAUACUGAUGUUUAGUGAUACAGGACAUAAUUGGAAGCAAAACAAGCAAGAAGACCACAUCUGGACUUUUUCAGGAAACACCAAUGCUGACAGUAUUGUGCACCACAAAUUCUUACAUUCAGUGAAAGCCCGAUUCAUCCGAUUUGUACCAAUGGAAUGGAAUCCAAAUGGAAAAAUAGGCAUGAGGGUGGAGGCCUAUGGAUGCUCAUAUAAAUCAGAUGUUGCUGACUUUGAUGGCAGAAGCUCCCUCCUAUACAGAUUCAAUCAGAAGCUGAUGAGCACUUUUAAAGAUGUGAUUUCUCUGAAGUUCAAGAGCAUGCAAGGAGAUGGGGUCUUGUUCCAUGGAGAGGGGCAGCAUGGCGAUUACAUUACACUGGAGCUCCAGAAGGGGAGACUCUCCUUACAUAUCAACCUGGGUGACAGCAAACUUCGUUUCAGUAACAGUCAGCCUUCAGUUAUUCUAGGCAGUCUCCUGGAUGACCAGCACUGGCACUCAGUCCUCAUUGAGCGGUUCAAUAAACAAGUGAACUUCACAGUGGACAAGCACACUCAACAUUUUCGGGCUAAAGGAGACGGUGACUAUUUGGAUAUUGAUUAUGAGCUCAGUUUUGGAGGGAUUCCAGUCCCAGGCAAACCAGGAACAUUCCUGAAGAAAAACUUUCAUGGAUGCAUUGAAAACCUUUAUUACAAUGGAGUCAACAUAAUUGACUUGGCCAAAAGACGCAAGCAUCAGAUCUAUACUGUGGGCAAUGUCACUUUUUCCUGCUCAGAACCACAAAUUGUUCCCAUCACGUUUGUCAACUCCACUAGCAGUUAUUUGUUACUGCCCGGCACCCCCCAAAUUGAUGGGCUCUCGGUGAGUUUCCAGUUUCGAACUUGGAACAGAGAUGGUCUGCUCCUGUCAACAGCGCUGUCAGAGGAUUCUGGAAUCCUGCUGCUCUACCUAGAAGAUGGGAUGCUGAGACUUGUUAUCCAGAAAAUGACAGAACGCUCCAUGGAGAUCCCCACAGGAAACAACCUGAAUGAUGGCUUGUGGCAUUCAGUUAGCAUCAAUGCCAGAAGGAACCGCAUGACUUUGACACUGGAUAAUGAUGCAGCAUCGGCUGCACAUGAAACUACUCGGCUGCAGAUUUACUCUGGGAACAGCUACUAUUUUGGAGGGUGCCCAGACAAUUUCACCGAUUCCCAAUGUUUAAAUCCCAUUAAGGCUUUCCAAGGCUGCAUGAGGCUCAUCUUUAUUGAUAACCAGCCCAAGGACCUCAUUUCAGUUCAGCAAGGUUCCCUGGGGAAUUUUAGUGAUUUACACAUUGAUCUGUGUAGCAUCAAAGACAGAUGUUUGCCAAACUACUGUGAACAUGGAGGAACAUGUACUCAGUCCUGGGCCACCUUUUACUGUAACUGCAGUGACACUGGUUAUACUGGAGCCACAUGUCAUAACUCUAUCUAUGAGCAAUCAUGUGAAACCUAUCGACACAAGGGAAACACAUCUGGCUUCUUCCAUAUUGAUUUAGAUGGCAGUGGGCCCCUUGAGCCUCUCUAUGUUUACUGCAAUAUAACAGAGGAUAAGAUCUGGACUGCCGUGCAGCAUAACAACACAGAGCUCACUCGAGUGCGAGGGGCACAUCCCAAGAGGCCCUAUGUCAUGUACUUUAACUACAGCAGCAGCAUGGAGCAGCUGGAGGCGAUGAUCAACAGUGCCGAGUACUGUGAGCAGGAGGCCAUUUACCAUUGCAAAUCUCGUCUGCUGAACACCCCCAAUGGCAUGCCUUUUACAUGGUGGAUUGGAAGGGCCAAUGAAAGACACCCCUAUUGGGGAGGUUCUCUUCCUGGAGUUCAACAAUGCGCAUGUGGGCUGGAGGAGAGUUGUGUGGACAUGAGACACUUCUGUAAUUGUGAUGCAGAUAGAGAAGAAUGGGCAAAUGACACUGGCCUUCUUUCCUUCAAAGACCACUUGCCUGUCACCCAGAUAGUUAUCACUGAUACCAACAGAUCCAACUCAGAAGCCGCCUGGAGAAUUGGCCCAUUGCGUUGCUAUGGCGACCGCCAUUUAUGGAAUGCAGCCUCAUUUAAUACAGAAGCCUCUUGCCUUCAGUUCCCCACCUUUCAUGCAGAGUUCAGUGCUGAUAUUUCAUUCUUUUUCAAAACCACGGCUUUGUCUGGCAUCUUUUUGGAAAAUCUGGGCAUUAAAGACUUCAUUCGACUGGAAAUAAGCUCUCCUUCUGAAGUCACUUUUGCCAUUGAUGUUGGGAAUGGCCCCAUAGAGCUCACAAUUCUGUCUCCAACCCCACUGAAUGACAACCAAUGGCAUUAUAUCCGGGCUGAAAGAAAUCUCAAACAGACUUUGCUCCAGGUGGAUGACCUUCCAACAAAGAUACUGGAGACACAAGAGGAGGGGCAUUUUCGAUUGCAGCUAAGCAGUCAGUUAUUUGUAGGUGGCACAACAUCAAGACAGAAAGGAUUCCUAGGAUGUAUUCGUUCUUUACAAUUAAAUGGACAGAAACUUGAUCUUGAAGAAAAAGCCAAAGUUACACCUGGAGUCAAGCCUGGAUGCCCUGGACACUGCAGCAGUUAUGGCAACCUUUGUCACAAUGGAGGGAAGUGUGUAGAGAAGUAUAAUGGCUACCUUUGUGACUGCACCAACUCACCAUAUGAAGGACCUUUUUGUAAAAAAGAGGUUUCUGCAAUUUUUGAAGCUGCUACUUCUAUUACAUAUGUUUUUCAAGAGCCUUAUCCAGUAACCAAGAAUACAAGUCUUUCCUCCUCAGCCAUUUAUGUGGAUGCAAUGCCAUCAUCUAAGGAGAAUAUUGCAUUUAAUUUUUUGACGGGCCAAAUACCCAGUCUUCUGCUGUAUAUCGACUCUUACUCUCAGGACUACUUGGCUGUUCUUCUCUGCAAGAAUGGAAAUUUACAGGUUCGAUAUCAGCUGAGUAAGGAGAAAGUCCAUGUGUACACCAUUGAUGUGGAAAACUUUGCCAACAGACAAAUACACCAUGUGAAGAUUAAUAGAGAUGGGAAAGAGCUCACUAUUCAGGUGGACCAACAUCCUAAAUACAGAUAUAACUUCUCCUCAGAGGUUGACUUCCGGGCUGUAAAGUCCCUCACAUUGGGCAAGGUCGCAGAUAGCCUGGGACUAGAUGCUGAAGUCUCUAAAGCAAACACCAUUGGGUUUGUCGGAUGCCUGUCAUCUGUCCAAUAUAACCACAUAGCACCACUGAAGGCAGCCCUGCGCCACCCGAGCAUUGCGCCUGUCACUGUGAAAGGUGUUUUGGCAGAGGCUAAUUGCAGAUCUGUAGUGGAAGCAGAUGUAAACACAGUGACAACAGUAUACUCUUCAUCAGAUUCUUUUGGGAAGACAGAUGAACGGGAACCUCUCACCAAUGCAGUUAGGAGCGAUUCGGCUGUCAUUGGAGGUGUAAUAGCAGUUGUGAUAUUCAUCAUCUUCUGCAUCAUUGGUAUCAUGACUCGAUUUCUUUACCAACAUAAACACUCACAUCGAACUAACCAGAUGAAGGAGAAAGAAUACCCAGAAAAUUUGGACAAUUCCUUUAGAAAUGACAUUGACUUGCAGAACACAGUAAGCGAGUGUAAACGGGAGUAUUUCAUCUAAUGGACGAAAUGGUCCCCACACAUUCUUUUUUCCCCUUUCGCUUUUCUACUUCUUCCUUAUUUCUUUCCCUUUUUCUUUUGAGAAGACUCUACCUUUCCUCUCGCCCCAACCCUAAGAGACUCCCAACCAUUAUUACACCACCUCCUCAGCACAAGCCUGUCCUGGUGACAACGACCACUCAAAAGACCUGCUGUACUACUUUAGAUCGAAUAAGAGCCACAUGUGUGCAUGGUUGCCUAUUGAGUUUUUCUAUUUCCACCGUUUCUGAAGUACUUUCUUAUGUUCCACAGCUAGCUGCUCAGUCUCACAGAUCUGCAUCUACACUAUGUGGUUAAUGAUGCAGGAAUUCAUUUAGAAACCUCUUCCUGACCACCACCACCCCCGCCCCAUGCUUCCAUUUGUGGAAUAGAGACAUGACAGAAAUCCUGGAUUCCUGAUUUGUUUCAGUGGCACCUUAAAAGGUCCAAGAAAGAUUUUUGUUGUUGUUGUUGUUGUUGUUGUUAACGUAACAUAGGCAGCUCCUUUCCAAAUUCCCUCCCCUUUCUACUGUAACUUUUAGGCUUGAAUUUGCAAAUAUAGGAUUACUGAUAGUACCAACAGGCACAAAGAAAUUAAUGUGCACCUCACUCAACACCCUUUUAUGGGGUUGAUCAUUUAGCACAGUAUACAUAGCAUAAAUCUAGAUGAAGCAUGGGGGGAAUAGCUUAAAAUAAAAGGGAAAAAUAAAAGAAAGCAGCAAAAAUUAGAUUUUCUGUAACUUCACUGAUGCCUCUUUUCAAUUUUAUAUGAAAUGUUAGCUAGGCCACUGCCUACUGAUGUCAGAGGUCCAAGAAUUGAUAUCAUAAGAAAAUCCAGGUAAUUUUUUUAAAUACUCAGCAUCAUGAAGCAGUAUAUACCCUCAUUACAUAAAACUUGAAGAGCUGCAUGAAAGAAAAUAAAUAAUAAAGACUGGAGUAAAACAAGGGUUAAAUUGCAUUAACCAUUUUGGUUAGAUAGAUUCAAUUGCAUUUAAAACUUCCACUUGAUCUGACCACUUUCAAAAUACCAUAUAUAAUUAGAUGAGUUGGUUAUGUUGGCAUCCUUGGGGAAGUACAGAUUGGAAAUCUUGCUUAGUGCUUUUCAUAUGAGUACAGAUGUAUAUACCCCUUAAAUAUAUAUUGUUUCUUCUUUUGUCACAAAGUCUGAAAGAAAGCCCUGUGUGUAAAUCAGAUGUUGGAGUCUCCAGAAGAGGCAGUUAUUUGUUCUCAUAUUAGUGACGUUGAAAAAAACACAUGUACCAUUUUGCCCCUUGACCAACAUGGAGAAAAGGAAAGGAGGGAGUGGGGGGGAUCUCGCCACAAAAUACUAAUGGAAUAAUCCGCAGAUGUGGAUGGCAUUUACUGAUUCUGUUUACAAGACAAACUUGAUUUUUUCAAAUAAUUAAAGCUUUGCUGCUUCUAGGUCCUGACAGUUAGCAGAAGCUCCAUCUUGUUCUCAGUGUUUAUAUUACAUUUGAUUAUUUAACACUCUCUUUGCGUGACAGGAUUCCCAAUGUUGAGCUCAUUAGCUCCAUUCGUUUGAGAAUUCUUUUUGCUUUUGGUGGCUGAAGUCAUCAGAAAAUCAUCUGUCUUAAAUUUGUUUUUUUCUGCUUUGGGGCCUUAUGCUAAAUAAUAAGAUUGUUCCUCAUUUUCCAAUGUCUAUGAACAUCUCUAUCCCCUCUGUGUUUUCAUUAUGUCUUUUUUUAAUAGUAUAUAUUUUUAAGUGAUUCUAAUAAGGAUAUAAAAUUUCUUUAUGAACUUAUGUGACUUUAAUAAACAGAAAGCAAUUUUAAUUGUAUAUCUUCCCCAUCUACCAACCCCCACGGAUUGUCAGUUUUGAAAUUCCUAAUUCUAAAAAUGUAGCAUAAAUCAGUUUUCUGCUAUGCUUCAUACUCUUCCUUUCCUGAAAUAAAAGACAGAAAUAAAGAGUAGGAAGAGUAGCCUGAAGCAUCUCCAAUAAUGAAAUGGAAGAAAAGGAAGUGUGUGAGUAAUAAAGCUGGAUUCCUUCAUUAUUCAAGCUUCUGAAAGAGGAGGCUCCUUUUUUUUUUUUUUUUUUUUUGCUGACAGCUCAGAUGGUAAAAAAAAUUAAAGUCCCACAAAUGCCAAAGCAGAGCAAUUUAAUUUUCUCACCUAUUUCUGUAUGUUUUUAGCAAGCUAUAGAGAUUGAACACCAACAUGAUUAUAUCACUAGCAACAUAUAUACCUGUGCUUGUAUACAUCACUGUAUCUUCAGACAUUUAAGAUAUGUACAUCAUAAAUAUCCUGGCUUAAGGAGAGGUUCAUGCAUGCAACACAAUCACUAUAUCACUCAUGUCAGGUGAGACUCAGGGCAAAAUUAAGUUUGUUAGUAGAGUACUUGAGAGCUUAUUGAUGUAAUUCUGGAGAACUGUGUGUCUUUCAGUGGAUUUAAUUGAAUAGCAAAUAAGUAAACCAUGCCCUUUAAAGUCAAAUGGGAAUUAUGGUGGUAAGAGGUGAGCACUGAUUCACCCCUGUCCUUUCUCUUUGAAAAGAUAUAUCCCUGGUUUUUCAUGAAGUUGUUAUAGUUCAAGACUGUUAUAUCCCUUGGGUAAUUAAACACUUUAUCUAGAAACAUGUACAAUCUGUACAAUCCCAUAUAAUCCUAUAUUUAUCCCAUUCUUCCCUCUUGUCCAAUAGAUGGGUUUCCUAAUUGUGUAAUGAGGUUCUAUGAGUCACCUCAGCCUUCUGUUUAGACCCUUAGUACAUAGAAAUCAAUUUUUAUAAAAAUGGGAAAUAUUGUAAUUUUACAGCAAAACCAAAAAAAAAAGACAAUUAAAAAACCUUGUAUAAUUUUCCAUUUAACCUCUAUCACUGUUCUUAUUCCCUCCAAAUAAAAUGUCCUAUUUUCUUAGUCCAUAAGAAGUUGGAGUGUACUUGCUUACCAUAGGAGUAUUUUUAAUACUCACUGUACCAUACAUCAUUCACUCAGGUAAUACUUCAUAUACUUACUAUGAGAGUCCCAUCUAAAAUAAAGUAAAUGGGCCUUUUUCAAAAGCCUAUUGUGAAAAUAGAUGCCUGUAUUCUUUAUCACAUAUAUUUUGGACAUUUACUUUGGGGGAAACUGCUUCACGAAUUAUAUCCCCAUCUAUUUUUUAGAGGUAAAAAGAAGGUAACCCAACAACUCCUUCCUUUUUCCAAUAUCAGAUCUACUACUCCAUACCCACAAUUAGCAUCAGGGCAAAAAUAAAACAAAAUAAACCAGUUAAGUAUCAUACCUGAGGUCUAUUACUACAUAUACAAUUCUUACUGAAGAUUUAGGGUGUUGUUUUUUUUCCUUCAUUAAUACAAGUUGGUCACUUGUUACGCUAGUUAACCCACUUCUCAUCUCAUAAUCAUCUAUUCUAGGCAAUUGAUUCUUUAUCUAUGAAUACAACUUCUUGGAGAGAUCCACUGACAAACCAUAUAACAGAUCAAAUCAGUAUGAACAGUUAGUCCGGAUGAUUCAUGCAUCAAUAGAAUGCUUUGCAGUCUGAAUUAUUCUGUUUUCUCUGCUUUUGCCUGGGCAUAUAACAAAUUGUGGAAGUCAUUACAUGAUGCUCCAAAAUGCUCCUGUUAUAAGCCUGAACUUAUGCAACUGAACAUCAAACUGAAGUCUUGGGAACAGUGUUUUGGAUACCACGUCCUCCUCUCUGACCUCCUUUCCUCCCACCUGCAUAAAUUUCCAUCGAUGCAUAAUACUUUUCAGAACUUAUAACCCCUUUGUUCUCUCUUCAGUAUGGAGUUCUCUUUUCUGCUAAUGCAGUACAAUUUCUAUUUUUGUUAUUUUCCUGGCCUUUUACAAAUGUUGCUGCAAUGGCAACAAAGGCCUGAAACAUAGAUGGAAUGAGCUUGAUUCAUUUCCUAAUUUAGUCUUCCACCAUCAUGCCCUCCACCCCUCAAUAGAAGACUAAAUUGAGAGAGUCUUUGAGCACAAUGUGGAUAAUACUCUUUAGUAACAGAGGACUAAUAAGUGUUCUUAGUAGUAACUGUUUUUUUUUUUUUUCCAAGUGAAGUUUCACAAAAUAAGGUAACAUCCAGAAAGAGUCCCUUUCCAUCCAGCAGUCAACUGGUAUCCUGCCUUGGAAGCUGUACAUUUUUCAAUGAAAGAGAACAUGCACGAAAGGCCUGUUUAUUAUAUAGGAUGACAGACAAAAGGCUACAUGGGUUCAUGCUCUGAUUUUCCUCACAAAAAGCUUGACAGUUUGACCUCUGUCAAUCCUGCUUUUCAAUGAAUGUCCUUUUAUUAAGAUAAAUCCAAAUAAUAGCCCUGGCUAACUAAGGAACAUUUGGACAAUACAUUUUUCUGUCACUUUCAUUAGAUAAAAGUAUAGGAUUUUAUUCCUCUGUCUUUGUUGUCUUCCACAGGUGACUUUUAGAUCCUUCCCCCACUGGAAAAAAAGGCUUUAAAAAAGAUUAUUAAAUAAUGACGAAUAAAAGGAAUCAUGGGGUAUCUGAAUAUCUGAAUAAGCAACUGAGUGCUGGUUCAGGUUUUUCAUGCAGUUUGGCGAUAUUUUCCUUUGAAAUGACAAGUAGUAUAAUUGAAUUAUUUCCAAAAGCUGUUAUUAGUCCCCACCCCAUUAGGCAAACACACUUACUUUCACAUUCAGGCUUAAAGUUUUUUUUUUCUUUUUUUCUCUGGUUCUCAUUUUUGAUAUUACUAAAUUGAAUUAGUUGAAUGUACUGGGGAGAAGAUAAAAUCAAAAAAAAGAAGAAAAGAAAAGGCUUGUUAAGUUUUUUUCAAAAAAUAUAGCACUUUUUUUUUUUUUUUACUUUUUAGUACAGGAAAUUUGAGAUCACCUUAAACACGCACACACACACACACACACACACACACAUAUACGUAUAUGUAUAUGUAUGUAUUCCAAAUAUAUAGGACUGGCCCUAUAUGUGUUAGGCAUUUAAAUGAAAUUACAUUGUUUUAUUUGUAUAUACACACAAAUUAUUCAUUCAUUCAUUUAUUUAUCUAUUUGUUUAUUUAUUUAUUUUUAAGAUUUGAAGUGAUUCCUAUUCCUGGUGACCUAAACUUUGAACAAUUUGCCAGGUUUCUUGGUUAUCCUGUAUGCGAAUAAAGUUUGAAAAUCCAAUUUUUUUAAAAUUUUUGUGAUUUUCUUUCACUCUUUCUUUCUCUUUCUUCCUUCCUUCCUUUCUGUUUUUCUUUCAUUUCUUAUCUUUUUCUUCCUUCCCCUCCUUUUUCCCCCAUUAAGAUACUCUGAGGAGAAACAAAAGCACACUUUUCAGUGAAAAUAUUGUACUUUGUAAUCUAGUUGUUUGUCUUUUGUAAUGUUUAGAGUCUACAAAUGGCUGAGCAGAUCCAAGUAAGGAUUAAGGCAACUACUUAGACACAUCAGACAUAUUUCUUGACUACUUGGGCUAGUGUUGGAAGGAUCAGACAUGAACAGGGCUAUCCUUCUAUCAUGCUAGUGAUAGCUAUUCUCAUUACAAAAUGCCCCAUGCAUUGGGGAGUGUCUGUAGUCCCUUAGAACCAUCAUAUAAUAUCUUAGUAAACACCAAGGGCUUUGCAUGGGGAAUUAUUUAUUCACCUCUGCAUGACAUUCUUAGAAUCCAACCCCAGCCAUCCUUCUGCUAUAUGUCAGCUAAAUGCUUUAUUUAGUCAAGUUAGCUGCUGUUACAUAAGAUCCUUGUCAUGUAAAGUAUCUAAAUUGAAGUCCAUCUUUACCAAAGUUAACUAUAAAUGAAAUUUUAUUGUUUUGUGUUUGCUAAAUUGGACAUCCUUCACAGUUUAUUUCCUGGACUUAUUGUACUGAAUCUGAAAAAUCUUUCCAUAUUCAGUGUUUUUUCAGGGCCAAUUCAGUGUGAUAAUUUCUCCCUUUCUAUGGUGCUGCUAUCUCUAGUAGCAUAGAGAUGAUGAUAUGUUAGUUUUCCUCUUUAAGGAUAGUCUUCCCUACUAUAAUUAAGUAAGGGAUGGGUAUGAAAGGGAUGUUUUUUGUAUUUGUUUUUUUAGUAAUGGUGAUGGAUUUGCAUUCAUCUGUUCAAACUCUAUCACCCAGUUCUUUUAGGGAACCAGGGUACACAUUGGCCCAAUGGCCAAAAAGGAUUGUGGUAUAGCCUUCAUAUACCGAUUAAAGUGGAAAUAAACUAUAUUAUAAGGGAAUUGAGCCCAUGACCUUGUCCUUCUUAUUACAAUGCUCUAACAAGGCCUAUACUCUAACUUUAUAAUCAGAGAGGGAGAAUUGGGAAGAAAAAGAAAGACAUGCAGUAUGCAACAUAAGCAUCACAUUAUAUUUGCUGGCACCUCACAUGAAUGUGGUCCUUUUUGAUAUAUCUUUAAGGGAUACUAAGGCUAAUUGAGUUUUCUUUGUCAUACAUGUUGACAAGAAAAAUCUCCUUUGAAAGUUUUAAGUAAAAUAUUAACACAAUCUCUUCCCUCUAAAUGACAGCAGAGUCUCAACUUGUAUAACCUCAUUCUGCCUCAAAACCGCUUUCAGGGAAACAGUAAACCUCACUCAGAGUGACUAAACAAGGGUGCAGGGAUGGCUUCCUUAUUUACUGAGGUAUCAUAUUGAGGAAUAUUUUCAUUAUGGAUCUGGGGUCACUAUCUCCAUAUGAUUCUUUUGCCUAGUGAACCUGGUUGAAUUCUCUAGUUCUCAGUCCCUAGAUUAGGUACCCAUGUUUUUAUCAGGUACAGGUGUUGAUAACCUCCAAAGAAACAUUGCCUUAUCAGAUGAGGUGUGAACAAGAAAUCCUCACUGUGAAAAUGACAUUUUUUUUUGUCAGGGAGUUAUCUCCAGAAUCAUGUAGGAUCACUUGACUUCUAGGAACUAGAGAAGAAAAGUCACUUUCGAUUAGUGAGGAAGAAAGAAGAAAAUGAAGAUAAAAAGUCUCAGUUACAGUAAAAAUGAAUAAAUAUAAAUGAAUUGAUGAAUAAAUAAAUCCAUUUCACCUCUCCUUGUACCCUUCCCCAAGUUCUUUGUGAAGGUCUAGAUUUUAUUUCCACUGUCUGAUUUAAAAAAAAAAAGUCCCAAGGGAUGUUGCCUCAAUCUGAGUCAGUUUUGUAGACCAUGUAACAUGUCUUAAUACACUGUAUGGGGAAAAACGUUAGCCUUCGCUUCUUUUGUUUUCUAUGGUUAUUGUUGUACAGGAGAAAGACUUAAACUGUAAAUAAUGUAUAUUUAAUAAAGAGAGACUUUUGUAUGAUUUUGUG